UACGAUAAAUUGAAAAUAAUUUUUUUUCGUCGCAGGUUUGUUGAUUUUCAAAUUGAUUGGAAAUAAUGAUGCUACAGCUCAGCAAGUGCCUCCUCUUUUACCGCCGCCGCCCGCUAAAGCCUCCCCGCCACCUGGUGUGAAGGAUCCCAGCUCUCACCCUCCUGUUCAUUUGAUGCAUUCAUUUUGCCGCAGCGUGUAAUUUCGGAAAACAUUUAAAACAUACCAAUCAUGUCCCACGAUCUCGAGAUUAAAAUUAUCAAAGCUGUUAAGCAGAACCCCUGCUUGUACAACAGCAUGGACAUUGGCUUUCGGAGUGCCCGCAAACGAGGCAGGGCUUGGAGUCAGGUGUCCGACGCCUGCGGACUGACAGUUCGCGAAUGCGAGCAUAGGUGGAAGAACAUGCGGGACCGUUUUGUGAAGCUUUGUCACCGGCAUGGUGCUGAGGAACUUGAGAACACAAAACACCCCACCCGAAGGAACUUCUACAAUGAAAUUAAAUUUCUCAAGCGGCACAUUAGGACGCGAGUGGAAAAAAUAAAGAAUGACAUCGACGAGGGCAAUUCGGACGAAGCAACAGAAUUUAAAGUGCGCCGGCAGCAAAUCGUAAAUAACGAUAAGGGACAUCUGAGCGAUACUGCAGAUAUUAUAAAUACCAUCCACAGUGACAGCGAGGACGAGGAGCCAUCUUCGCUUUUGAUCGGCGAGAACGCCGCUCCUUCCAACUCAAAUUGCGCUGCUGCCCAGACAAAAUUCAUCAAAGUGAUGAACCUGGUUGAGAAUGUUCUGGAGAAACUCAACGAAAAACAGAGUGAACCAGAGAAAAUGACAUCGAAUGAUACGGAUAUGCCUGCUAGUCCCUUCUAUUCGUAUCUGGAUAGCAUAUUGAACCAAGUGGACCUGCCAACCCGCAACGACAUACAAUUGAAGCUGCUCACUUUGGCGAACGAGCAAGUGCGAAAGGCGGGUGCCCACUCGAACGCAGAAACCAUACAAUAAGCCUAAACAAUAACUAAUCUAGUAGUAAGGAGUAGUAUAAAGAGGUGGUACCCCUUUUUUAAGUACCUUAAACGUA